AUUUCGUACGCUAAAAGUCUACUAACCAUAUUGUGGUUAUUGCACUGUAGUUUUUAAAUGUAAUGCACGGUAAUUUGAUUCUGAAACACGGUUUUGUUUAUAUUUGUAGCUUGUAUAUUUGAUCUGGUAGCACUGGUGUGAACUGUGAAUGUAAAGCGUAAAAAACCGGUAUUCUUAAAUAAAAACCGGUAUUUAUCGGUAUGUAUAAAAACCGGUUUUUCUCCGGUUUUCUUCGAACCGGUUUACAUCCCUAAUCCUGAUACGCGGAAACCGCGAAUGAGUGUUUUUGGGUUUUUUAUCGUCCUCAUAAUUAUUGAAUAAAUUGAAUGUGACUGUGAAAAAAAUAUUCGUAUAACUUAUUAACGAAACAUGUCUUACGCUAUAAUGCGCCAUUUACGUCGUACCGUGAUUUUAACACAACAAAUUCGUUAUGAAACGACCAUGACCAGUGUGACUCAAGAAGACUUUGUAUUUAAACCUCCUUUAACUCACUGGAGCAAACUUAUAAGAGAAGCGGAGAAGAUCGUGGGCUAUCCGACUUCCUUCAUGAAUUUGAGGUGGUUGUUAAGCGACGAAUUUGCUAAUUUGGCCAUGCAUUUGAGAAAAGUGGUUGGCAGCAAUCAUCCAAUAGUCAAAACUGCUAAAAACUUUUUAUACAAUGAACACAACAACCUACAGCCAUGGGGCCUCAUCAUUUUAUUGCUAUCAAAAGCUGUCAGUCCAGAGACUUCAUCACUACAAAAUUCAGCACUCGCCCAAGAUCAAAGGAUACUAGCUGAACUCACAGAAAUGAUUAGAACAGGCCAUUAUGUCCAUCGAGGAUUGUUAAACAUAGCACCUGAUGACCGAGACAGCAGUAUGGCCACAUCUAUGUUCGCAAAUAAAAUAGCCAUUCUCAUUGGUGAUUAUCUACUGGUCACAGCAAACGGUAUGCUUGCUAGGCUUAAAAACCAAGAUUUAUCAUACUUGAUAUCAACAGCAUUGAGAGAUUUGAGCGAAGGAGAGUUCUUUGGUGAACGGGACAAUCAAAACAUACCCAUACCAGGCAAACCGGUGCCCUUUGAAACUGGAGAGUUCGAUAUAUGCAGUGAUACAACACCGUUAAAAGUUAACAAUAUACUAGGUGAACCAAUUCGGGAAUGGACUCUGAGAACUAUGUUCAAUGGGGGUACAUUAUUGGGCAGAGGUUGUCAAGGCGCAUUACUACUUUCAGGAAAAGGUGAAAAAGAACAAGAAAUAGCAUACAAAUUUGGCUGCUAUCUCUGUUUAGCAUGGCAAGCUUCAGCUGAAAUCCAAAAAAUAACAUCCGAUAACAAAGAACAUUACUCAUUAGUCAGUGCACCAGUUUUGUUUGCUUUACAUGAAAACCCUAAAUUAUACCAUGGUCUAGAAAAUGCUAAGAGCGUUUCAGACAUAGAUUUAGACAAAUUGAAAGUGGAAAUAUUGAGAACUAAUGCUAUAGAACAAACUAGAUCACUCUACAGUGAAAAUGCUAAUAAGGCAUUAAACUACAUUGAGAUGUUUGGUGAUUGUGAAUCUGUUGAUACCAUAAAGAAAAUGAUAAGAACUUUGUAGUUUAACAUUUAUAGACAGAUUUUUUACAUCUUAAAACUGUUCAAGGUUGUGUGGAAAGCAUCUAUACCAUGAUUCCACUAUACCCUCAUAAGUAUCUACCUUCCCAGCUCUUCAAAGUAGGUAAGGAGACACUGUCUUGAGCAGCUCCAUGCACGCCCUGCACAGCGGCCCACAAAGACUUAAUAUUAUAAAUCAGUAAGCAAAAUCUGUGAUUCUGUACCAUUAGCAUGGUUAUUUAAGUAAUGAAAAAUACCCAAUUUUUAUUGAUAGCAUUAUGCUUCAAAUUAUAGGUAUAUUUUCUUGUUACCUUAAUAGAAUGUGACAUAAUUUAUUAUGAAUCUGAAGACAAAAGAUUAUGGAAAAUAAUGGAUGCAGGCUACUUUCAAUGAUCCUGUGCAUAUGAAGGAAAUUUUGCAUGAACUUUUGAAGCACUCCUGAAAAACAAGAUAUAAAUUUUAAAAUUCAUUUAAGUACAAUUUUAAGUUAGACACCAUUUAAGCAUUUUUAUAACAUGUUUUAUUAGCUUGGUAUGUAUUGAUGAAACGGAAUUUUUGAAUGUGUUUUACACCCCCUACAGAACGUCGGAUUGAUUUGAACGUUGCAAAUACACUUAUCGAGGAUUGUUAUAAUGCACUAAAAGCUGAUUAUUUUUUACUAUCAAAUUGUCAUCCUUAAAGGCUAACAAAAAUGAAUAAUUGUUAAUAAAAUAAGUAAAGUUAAUUAUCAACAUCUGUCAAUAAAAUAUUUUAAAUAAUUGACAUCGGCAAGCACCCCACUCAUUUUUACGAUAAAAUGUCUUAUUAUAUCAUUUUUUUCUUUAAACUUAUAGUAAAUUAAUUUCUUUAAUUUAAUUCAUCUAAGCUACAAAAGCGUGUAUUUGAUGCUUUAAGCCAGUGGCUCCCAAACUUAUUUUCUGUAGUGCCCACUUUGAGAAUAAAUUUUUUUUAGCGCCCCCUGUUUUUUCUACCUACUUAAAAACCACUAUAGCGAGAGCUCAGUCGGUGUCUAAGAGUCCUCCUAGGUGAAAUUACAAAUCGCCUACCAAGCCUCUACACAAGCCCACAUUUUUUUCUGGGUCUCUUACCGCCCCCCAUUAAGCCUGCAGCGCUCACAAGGGGGCGUUAUCGCCCACUUUGGGAAAGGCUGCUUUAAACCAUUAUUAAAGAUUAUCUAGAAAAGUGCGUAAAUCACAAAUACCUAUUCUAUUAAUCGACAUAAUUACUUUAGUGCUCCACGUACGGUACUGGUGACCUACACAGCAGUCAAAGGGCUAAACAUGAACAUAACGUGGAAUGUGCAAACGUUCUAACCUUGCGCGUAUUAGGAGAUAUAUUAGCUAUUAUUAAAUAAGUAGUUCUAUGUGAUUUUUAAUUAUAAGGAUAUUUCAAAUAUUUGUUACCAUGUUGUCUGUUAUGAAAUAUAAUUUCAUGUUUUGA